AUGCUCUCACCACGAUGCCCUCUCAUCAUCCGCUCUCAUCUCAUCCACCACCGCCGCAUCUCCAUCCGGACUCUCACAACCACCGUUAGCAACAGCACAUCAUCAUCCAGGACAAAGAAUCGCUCCUUGACUACUCUCGCAAUCGAGACGUCAUGCGACGACACAGCCGUAGCAGUACUAUCGAAGUCGGCAAAUGGCAAGACUUCGCUCCUGUUCAACGAGCGCAUCUCGUCGGACAACCGGGCCUUUAAGGGGAUCAACCCGAUGAUUACGGUGGAGGGGCAUAACUCGACUUUGGCGCUGUUGGUGGAGAGGGCGUUGGGGAGUUUGCCUGAUGAUGCUGCUGCUGCUGCUGAGGAGAUGGAGACGAGGAGCAAGAAGAAGAAGAAGAAGAUUCCCGACUUUGUCUGCGCCACUCGCGGCCCUGGAAUCAUGCCGAAUCUCUCCGUGGGAUUAAACGUCGCAAAAGGCCUCGCUCUAGCAUGGCAAGUCCCCCUCGUCGGCGUCCAUCACAUGCAAGCCCACGCCCUGACGCCUCGCCUCGUCCACGCCCUAGAAAACACCAAUGACAAAAACGACUCUGAAAGCAUCACAACUCCAAGCCCAGCCUUCCCCUUCCUCUCCCUCCUCGUCUCCGGCGGCCACACCCAACUCAUCCUCUCCUCAAGCCUCACCAUGCACCAAAUCCUCGCCACCACCGCCGACGUCGCCAUCGGCAACCUCCUCGACCAGACCGCCCGCGUCAUCCUCCCGCCAUCCAUCCUGCGGUCCAGCCCGGACGUCAGUUACGGUCGCGUCAUGGAGGCCUUUGCUUUUCCUGCCGUAGAGGAAAAAGACAGGAUUGCUGAUUAUGAAGCGUUUUUCAAGCCGGCGCUGUCGAGGCGGGAGGAGAUUGAGGAUGUGGCCUCGGGGCAUGGGUGGACGAUUGCGCUGCCGUUUCGCAAUUCGAGGAAGCUUGCGUAUUCGUUUUCGAGUAUUUAUACGCAGGUUCACGGCAUUGUUGCUUCUAUUGAAGCCAAUUAUGACGCCAACAACAACAACAACGACUCAUCAUCUUCAUCUUCCCCUGACGUGGACGUGGACAAAAUCUCUCUCGACCAACGCCGCGCCCUCGCCCGCCACACCCUGCGCGCCUCCUUCCAGCACCUCGUCAGCCGCCUCAUCCUCGCCCUCCAAGACCACCCGUCCCUCCAGCAAUCUACGUCUACAUCUACAUCUUCAGCCAUAAACACGCUCGUCGUAGCCGGCGGCGUCGCCAGCAACCGCUUUUUGAUGCACGUCCUGCGCACAACGCUCGCCGCGCGCGGGUUCCCGCACAUGCAAAUCAUCGCGCCGCCGCUGGAGUUGUGCACCGACAACGCCGCCAUGAUUGCCUGGGCGGGGAUGGAGAUGUUCGAGGCUGGAUAUAGAUCUGAACUGUCGGUGCGGCCGAUUGCACGGUGGCCCAUGGAUCCGGCGGUGGGAGGCGGGAUGCUGGGCGUUGGAGGGUGGAUAAAGGAAGGAGAGGAAAAGGUGGAUUGA